AGGAACAAGUUUUGUGGAACAAACAAAAAGCAGAAACCUUGACAGAGUGAAUCUAACGAAAUGGCUGCUUCAGCUGAUAUUUACAACUCAGCACAAAGUCAUCCUGCUACAGAGUUGAGGAUUGUGUUGAUUGGAGGAAGAUAUAAUGACCUUCUCAGGGGUAAAAGUUCAGCUGGAAACUUCAUCCUGGGUCAAAAUGUUUUCAACACCAGCAGAAGAACAGCUCAGAGUGAAGCGAGGCAGCAGGAAGUGUUCAGCAGACGAGUCACAGUGGUUGAUACUCCAGGAUGGAGGUGGUUUUGGCCUGGAGAAAAAACCCCAAAACUGGAUCAGAUAGAAAUCCAGAACAGUGUCCAUCUGUGUCCCCCAGGACCUCAUGUCUUUCUGCUGGUCAUUCCUGUUGAUUCACAUUUAUCUCAGGAUGUCAAAUCAUCACUAAAGCAACACUUGGAGCUUUUUAAUGCAGAUGGUUUCAGUCACACCAUCGUGUUGUUCACUGCAGUCGCUCCAUGUAGUGAUGAAGAGAUUGAGUCCAUAAUAAGAACAAAUCCAGUCCUGCAGUGGAUUCUUCAACAAUGUGGAGACAGAAAACAUUUUCUCAACCUCAGUAACAGAGAAGAUAGAGAUCAAGUCAAGAAGCUUUUAGAGAAAAUUGAGACCCUGAUUACAAACAAUGGAUUCAGACACUGUUCUGUUGACAGAAGUCAAGGAGAAACUCUGAGAAAAGAAAUGAGAGAUUUGACUGAAAGAGCCUCAAAAAGGUUUGAUCAAGUCCAGAAACAAAGAAAGAAACUGAAGCUACAGAUUGAAGAUGGAAAAGUUCCUCCAGACCAUUUAAAAAUAGUGAUGAUUGGAGGAUCAUUUGGUGGUAAAAGCUCAACAAGGAACCACAUUCUUGAAAAAUGUUUAAUGUUGAAUGUUGACAAAAAGGGUUACAGAAGAACAACCCACAGUGAAAUCAGCCAUGGUGUGGUUGAAGGAAGGUGGCUCACAGUGGUCGAUUCUCCUGGAUGGUUUUAUGUCAACAUCCUUCAGGAAACCAGUGAGAUGGAUAAACUGGAAAUAGAGAACAGUGUGAAUCUGUGUCCUCCAGGACCACAUGCUGUGCUGCUGGUUGUUCCUGUGAUGAUCAACGCUGAUGAAUCAUAUCUGAGAUCUGUUCAGGAACAUAUGAGUCUGUUUAGAGAAGAAAUCUGGAAACACACACUUGUUCUGUUCACCUAUGGAGACUGGUUAGGAGUGAAGACUGUAGAGGAGCGUAUAGAGAGUGAUGAAGGUCUGCAGUGGAUAGUGAACAAGUGUGAGAACAGGUAUCAUGUCCUGAAUAACAAGGACCACAGUGAUAAGACUCAGGUAAAGGAACUACUGGAGAAGAUUGAAGAGAUGUGGGCAGGAAAUGAAGAUCCUUACUAUGAAGUGGAGCUGGACCAAGAAGCAGAGCUAGAAACCAAGAGAGAGACUGGAGACAAGAUGGCCAGAAGGUUGAAGACGAUCAAUGAGAGAAAGACAAGAGUCCUGAAUGAGCUGAUUGGAGGUGAGAGAAGUACAGUCACUGACAUCAGGAUUAUUCUUGUUGGUCAAAAAUGCUCAGGAAAAAGUACAGCUGCAAAUAUGAUUCUGUUCAAGAAGUGUUUUAAUUUAACCUUUGAAACUGCUUGCCUGAAAAAGAACUUCUCUGAUCAGGAACGGAUAACAUGUGUGAAACAUGAAGGAAACUUUGAUGGAGUAAAAGUCUCAGUUGUUGAAACUCCAGGCUGGUUCUCAGACCCAACACCACCUGACUGGAUCAAAGAUGAAGUUCUCCACAGUGUCUCCAUGUGUUCUCCUGGACCUCAUGUUUUUCUCCUGCUUGUUCCCAUCCUCAGAUCUUUCACAGAGAAAGAUCUCAAAGCUCUGCUGGAGAUCAUGAAGCCAUUAACAGAGAGAGUGUGGAGACACUGCAUGGUGGUUUUUAGCUAUGGAGACUGGAUCAAUGACGUCCCUGUAGAGAAUUAUAUCGUCAGAGAGGGAAAGGAGCUCCAGGAGCUUCUGGAGAAAUGUGGGAACAGAUACCAUGUUCUAAAAAACUUUAAUUCUGAUUAUUCUGUUCAAGUCGAAGAGUUGUUCCAAAAAAUUGUUAACAUGGUAACACAAAACAAAGAAUGUUUCUCAGUUGAAGACAAAAAAGAAAAAUUUCUCAGUUUUCUUCGGCCACCAAAACAACAGAUACUUACAGAACAAGAAUGGAAAAGGAGAGAACAGGAGCUGAUAGAGCAAAUGAUGAAAGCUUUAGAAAAGGAACCAGAAGAACCAACAGAACCUCGUGUGAGAAAAGCAUGGAGCAAAGAUGAUGAUAACAUUCCUGAUAUGAGUGGAGAUGUUGCUUCAGAAUAUGGGAGCAUUUCAGAGAAACAGAGACGACGAGGACAUGACCAAGUUGCUGAAUGGCUGAAUAACAAAGUGAGAGAGUCAGAGAUCAGCUCUGGGAUCAGCAGCAUUUGUUCCUCAAUCACUUAUAUGGAAAACUUUGAUGAAAGUUCUGAAAUUCAUUAAAGUCAACAUCCAAAUUUAGGAAAAGAACAAAGAACUCACUUCUGUUAAGGGUUUGUAAAAAUAUAUAUCUAUUUAAAUAAGUACUUUUAAAACUAAUCCCCAAAAAAUGUAGGCAUGUUGACAAUUGAUGGGUAAUAUCUCUAGAGCGGUAAAACAUUUUCAUAUUUCUUUCUUAUAAAUGAACAUCCUACAUAGUUUUAUAUACAUUGAAUUUCAAUAUUUAAAUAGUUUUCAUCAUCUUGAUGUAGAUCCCAUUCUACUUUCUGUUAGAUAAUGGUCUGUUUUUUUUUUUGUCUUAUUGAAGCAACUUUGAAGAGUAAAUGUAAUUAUUGAUUGAGAUUUGAGAGAAAAUACAUAUCAGUAAUAACAUCUGUUUAUCUUUUAUGAUUGUUUAUUACUCCUCAUAUAUUGUGUAUGCUGUACCUUCCUUUUGUGUUUUGUACCUUGCAUUAGAUUUUCAUUUAACAUUUAUAAAGAUAUAAUUAAAAAAUAAUCUUAUCUGAAUGAGUUGUACAAAGCUUGAAACAUAAAUUUUAAGAAGUUUAUUUGACCUCAGUGUUUGAUCAUGAAAGGGUUAAAUGUUUUUUUUAUAGAGGAAAAUGGAAAAAGGAGCUGAUUCUGAAAUUAGAUUUAGAGCUAUAUUUUUUUAAUUAAAGAAUAUUUCAGGUAUGAGUUUUUAAGCUUUAAUGUCCUGAUUGUAAACCACUCCUUGUUAAUAUAAUCAAUGAUAGCAUCGGUAUGAAAAGAACAGAUGAGAUAUCAACAAUCGUUUUUGGUGAAACUGAAAUUAUAAUAGCUAAUUGUUUGAGUGUCUGAUCUUCGGGAACUGAGUUCCAUUUGUUAUGACAAACUUUGUUUUAUUUCAAUCAAUAAAGCAAGCAAUCAAUUUUAUCUAUGAAGCACCCAUUCAUGUUGCAGCCAUCUUCCUGGAAACACAUAACAAAGGGUAUUUCUGAACUGGGUUUGAACCAUCCAGGGUCACACUCUGCAGGUGCAAAUACCAGAGUUGUUACAUAAACUGAAACUGGUGGGAUCCUCCCUUUUCCUCCCCUCUUUGUAUGAGGGCUGGUGGAUAUUAAAAGCGAUGUACUUUCAUCUUUUGUUCACUUCCCUGGACUAGCCAGGUGAGUCAUUGCUCAUAUUCUUUGCUUAAUUUCUUAAUAAAAUAAUAAUCAAAAUGCA